GAAAGAUAACUCUAAUUUAUAAACAUGACCAAUGUCUUUUCGAAUUUCCUCGGUUUAUUAUGAUUUGCCCACGUGCAGUUUUUAUCACUGGUGCAAACAAAGGAUUGGGACUUGAAUUUGCGAGACAGUUCCUAAGAUUGGACACUCCUCCGCAACAACUUUUUGCAACAUGUCGUGAUCCUGAAAAUGCCGUGGAGUUAAGAAAGCUAGAAGAUGAAAACGAAUGUGUUCAAGUUUUAAAGCUAGACAUAACUUGCGAGACUGACAUCGAAUCUGCAGCAAGAAAGGUGGAAUCUAGUCUUAAUAGCACAGGUCUAAAUCUUCUGAUAAACAAUGCGGGUGUGACUAGAAAGCGUCAGUAUGUCGGAAAUCUCAACAAAGAGCAUCUCCUAGAACAGUUUACCACCAACGCUAUUGGACCGCUACUUGUCACCCAGUCCUUGUUACCCAUGCUUCUGAAAGCGUCGGAGUCACGUGACACUCCGGUGAGCUGUAGCAAGGCUGCCAUCGUCAAUAUUUCCAGCAUUCUUGGGUCGAUAACAGAAAACAGAUCUGGUGGAAUGUACGGGUAUCGACCAUCUAAGGCUGCUCUGAACAUGAUAACCAAAAGUCUCCAUGAGGAACUAAAAGAGAAGGAUAUUUUAGUGACUGCAUUACAUCCAGGCUGGGUGAGAACCGACAUAGGCGGACCGCAGGCGGAAAUGUCACCCGAGGAAAGUGUGAAAGCUUGUUUAACGGUGCUAUCAAAAUUGUCCAGAGAAAAUUCGGGACGAUUUUUGUCAUAUACCGGCGAAGUGAUUGAUUGGUGAUUUUGUUUCAAAUACUAUAUAGCUUUGAAAAUGACAUUAGUUGUUAUUUAAUGUAUUUAUCAAAUUUAAAGCUGAACUCUGUAUUUAUGAAAAUGAGCACAACCUGUUAAUUUAUUGAAAUACAUCUGGCACAUUUUCA